AUGCUGAAUUCCAACGAUAACUCCAGCGACAAGCGCAACGCAGACUACAUGCUCGUCGACGGCCCUGCCGAAAUACGGCGAUUGUCUACCAUGUACUACCUGCUGAAGUACUUCUUCGACAACCAGAACUUUCUCCCCGAGCCGAUCAACAUCGAAGAGAUUGGCAACGUGCUCGACGUCGGAGCCGGCACAGGAAUAUGGACAUUGGAUCUCGCUGAUCAAUCAGCGGCGGCUGCCCGCCUCCCGCCUCACGACUGUGAACAUCCUCUCCGGCUUUCCAUGUGCGAUAUAUCCACUGCGAAGUUUCCUCCAGCGGAAGUCCUUGCACCAGUGGGGAUCAAGGCUUUCCAACACGACGUCCUCACGCCUUUCCCCGCCGACAUGCAUGGGACAUUCGACCUGGUCAACAUGAAUUAUCUCGUCAUUGCGCUUACGGAGGAUAAGUGGGGAAUAGCGCUUAAGAACGUACAUGACGUAUUGAAACCAGGAGGUUAUCUCAUUCUUCGCGAGAGCGACCCCGUAUUCUACUCGGCGUCUAGCCCUCCACCACCGGACGAUGGUACUCCGCACGACUUGCCGUCUCAGAUCAACGGCACGACGGUUGUGCACAAGAUGAACUCGAUGUUGGCAAACUUCGCCAUCAAGAAUGGUUUCGUCGUUGGGCUGUCGUAUCGAUUUCCCGAGUUCCUUGAGCACGCCGGCCUCAGAAUCGCUCGACGAAAACGCGUUCUGAUGCCGACCGGCGACCUGUGCGAUAGCUAUACUACAGCUCGAGGCGCUUCUAUGGCAUCACUGAAGGCCACGAGCAUUGAUAACAUCGACAUGGCUCUCGAUGGACUCAGUAAGGCCUUGCUCGAUAAGGGUAUGCUUGAGGCACCGGUGGGCACGAAGAUCGAAAGCGAGCAGAAGCGUUUGGAGAUGAUGAAGGAGGUGCAUGAGCGAGUGGCAGAGGGUUUGUUGGUCGUGCAGAUGGAGGUGGUUGCGCAACGCCCAUGCCCUUAG